UGGCCGUUUGUGUGGGAGGAGAAUCAUGUGGUUCCUACUACGUCGGAAGAGUUUGGAACUUUUUUCAUGGACGAUGAUUCGACCAAUUUGUAUACGCAACAACAACAUCAGCUCUCAUCUGAUAUUUACGACGAUGGAGCUUAUGCUGUUGUAGAUGAUCUCUCUCAUUACAAUAUUAACCUUUGGAAUUUCUGAGAUCCUUUUUUUUUUAUCAGCGAUCUUGGGCCAAAAUAUUCCAUCAUUGCUGAAGGUGAAACAUUAAGCUACUAGCCUCUUAGUAUAGUAAGAGUGUAAGACUAAUAGCUAGGUAAUUCAUCUUAUUUAUCUUUCUAUUUUUUUUUAUUUAAAAUUUACACCAAUUUAUUUCACAUAUCAUCUGUGUGCUAUAUGUGCUUUGUAUUACAUUGCAGUAUUGCACAUUACUUCCAUUUUAGUUUUCUUUCUUUUUGUUUUCUACGAUUUGCUUUCGUUUUUUGUAACAAGCCAAUCUUGACUCCUACUGUUUGGUCAUAGAUUGUUUUUUCAAAGUGUAUACAUAAGGUUUCAUGUGUGUGUUCUAUAAAUAUUUAAAUAGAAAUUCUAUGUAAAGAGAUAACAGUAUAGUAGUUCAACUAAAUCUAGAACUAAUAAUUUAAGUUCUACUAGGAUAUAGGACAAAUGUUUUAUACUUUGCCAGCCUUCACAAAUAUAAUCAAAAGGGUGCUUACAGAAUUAAAAAUAAUAUAAACCAAAAAUCGUCUCCAUGCGCAGAUGUUUCCAUUUUCUUAUUUGUUCAUUUUGUUGUUACAGAGCUGUAUACUGUUUUAUCAUUUUUAAAUACAAAAUUGUUGUUGAUCAAAAAACAAAAUUGGCAACAGACGCUGAGUUAGGAUCAAAAUUUAGUAGUGGCAUAUUUAUUCUUCCAAAUUUGCAUAAAUUGUUCUUAACAUUUUAAAAUCUCAGGAGCAAAAGCUGCAAAGCUCUCUAUCUGACCACUCAUUCCACGCAACUCGGGAAACUUUUCUUUUAAAACCCAGUCUUUUAACGAACUUACCCUCGCUUGGUCCUUAUAAUAAGUUAAUAACUGUGCAUUCGCCUUUUAUUAGAAUUGAGUGAUGUUUAGUCAGAUUUAUUUUAGUCCCUACCCCAGCGUAAACCGAUCAGCCACUUGAAUUUCCAAUCACAUCACUUUUUCUAAGAAACCACAUAUCACUGAAUUGGGAUCUAUUGAUACUAACCCUUGGGAGUAUUUAAAUUAUGCAGGUAUUAAAUCUCAAGCCCAAACAAUCAAGCAAAUCCCAAAGCCAAAGCCAUGUAAUUAGGGUUCUUGAAUUUCAUCUAAUAUGCUUAGCUAAUGCAACAUUGGCUGCCGUAGAGCAGCUUAUCUUCCCUAUCUUUGUAUGAAACUAUGAAUCAUUACAUCUCUAUUUGUAUAGAAUUCUAGAACCCUUUUUUUUUUGAACAACGGUUAUCAUAUUAAAUAGAAUUCUAGAACCCUAAUUACAUGGCUUUGGGCUUUGGUUGAUUGUUUGGGCUUGAGCUUUAAUAGCAGGCACCACAUUCCAAGACUAGAUGUUAUGACAUUCGAGAUCAACUAGACAAUCUUCACUGGGUUAAACGGUGUUUAAUCGGAUCAGGAAUCAAAUUAUUGAUUGUAAAACUGAAAACUUAUUAUAGGAUAUGUUGGACUCGAGAUUUAGUUCCAAUUCUAGUUUCGGUGAGCCUGCAAUAUACUAAAUUCCAAGAGUUUAAGGGCUCUAUAUUCUUAUUAAAUUGUAGUUGGUAUUUCUAAUUAGGAAAGUGGCUCGUACAUAUAUAUACUAUUGUUUAUUGGUUUCCAUUAAAUGUAAACCUUUACCCAUAUAAACAAGCACGUACGUAACAGUUAAUGUGGUGCUUUAAAACUUAUCACGUGAAUUCAAUAUCUUCUCGCAUUCGUCCAUAUAAAACAGACAAUAUCAAUAAAUUGACUAGACAAAACAAAUGCUAGCUAUGUGUUGUAUAUGCAUAUUACUUUGCUUAACAAUAUUACAGUUAAACUCAUUGAAAACUAAAAACAAAACUACAAGUCAGGCAGGUAAAUAACUCAUUUCCCUUAGCUCUGAAGAAUUAAAAACAAAACAAUCAUCCAAAAAUAAACAAAUGAUAAUAAAACAGAACAAAAACCAAACAAGGAAACAAGAAUGCACCAAAAGUCAGCCUUGCAUUUAAUAUAUGCAAUUUUGUAAUAAGUAACUUCAUGUUAAUCUCUUUCUCUCUAUACCUUUCGCUAUCGAAUAACCUUUCUUGAUUGUUAAAAAAAAUUAAUGGCUCCGUCGUUUCUAAGCGUGGCCAAGUUCGUCGAAGCAAUACUUCGCCGAAGAUUCUCCUCCGCUGGUCUCUCUCUACAAACCCUAUCCAUCGACUCCGAAACCACCAUACAAUUCUGGGGCCCACCGCCAUCUCUAUCACAUGAAAACAAACAAAAACGGUCCCUUCUCCUCCUCCACGGUUUUGGCCCCUCCGCCGUAUGGCAAUGGAGCCGGCAGGUAAAACCACUCUCACUCGCCUUUCGUCUCUACAUCCCAGACCUUGUCUUCUUUGGCGGCUCCACGACAACGUCAUCUUGCUCCGACGAGAACCGGUCAGAGAUGUUUCAGGCUUCGUGCAUGGGGAAGCUGAUGGAGAAGCUCGGUGUGGAGAGAUUUAGUGUUGUCGGGACGAGUUACGGUGGGUUUGUGGCGUAUAACAUGGCGAAAAUGUUUCCGGAGAAAGUGGACAAAGUGAUUCUUGCUAGCUCCGGAGUUAAUAUGCGGCGGAGUGACAAUGAGUCCUUCAUAGCGAGGGCCAAGUGCCACCGUAUAACGGAGGUGAUGCUUCCUUCCUCGGGGACCGAUCUCAGGAGAUUCUCUGGGAUGAUUUCUUCUAGGAGACUCAAUUUUGUCCCAGAUUUUGUAUGGAACGACUUUUGCCAGAAAAUGUAUUCAGAGAAUAGAGAGGAAAAGGCAGAACUUCUAGAGGGGCUCAGUAUUGGGAGGGACGAUCAAACUAACAUUACUCCCAUUCAACAGGACGUAAUGCUGAUAUGGGGAGAGCAUGAUCAGGUCUUUCCUUUGAAAAUGGCCCAUGACCUGAGAGAGAUGUUGGGGAAAAAAACGAAGCUGAAAGUGAUACAAAAGACAUCACACAUACCCCAAACGGAAAAGCCCAAAGAAUUCAAUGGCACUAUCAUGUCUUUUUUGUUAUCUCCCUCUCCUUCAAUAUAAUUGUAACAAACAUAUCAAACUAAAAACUUGCGUAUUUGAUUCCUCAAUUCCUCAACGUUAGAAGUGUUUUUUUUUUGUAAUCAGAAUGUUAGAAGUGUUUGUGACAAUGUCAAAUACAUUUAAGAUUUUUUUAACUAAUGGAGAUUAGAU